ACGUCGGUUUAGUGACCGGCCACGACGCAAAUACAACAUUUAUUCUCUUUUAGGCCGCAGAUUUCUAGAAGUGGCGCAGAUUCUAGUUUCAAAAGGACGCUGAGGCCUAAAUAGUUUAUAGCUGUUUGUUUGUCUAAACAGUAGAAUGAAUACAUUAAGCAGCUUGUUGGACAGGAUCAUUCACAUUUGACAGUAGAAUGAAUACAUUAAGCAGCUUGUUGGACAGGAUCAUUCACAUUUGCUUUAAAAUAUUACUUGGUGUAGCUUGAACAUGGCGGAUUUGGAAACCGGAGUGUCGUUACUGUUAAAGAAGCUUCUCGUCUCCUCUCACUUGAUGGACAGCAGCUUUUGCGUCCAUUCCUACCUCUGAUUGGCUAACGCCACCCGUCACAACGAAACCAGCCAGUCAGACUUUAGUUGAGGCUCCGCCCUGAGCAGGAAGUGAUCGAGCUCGUCUGUUCACACCAAAAUCUUUCAUAUCCAAUGCGGCUGUGAUCUGCUCUCUGUCCCGGACGACAUGACUCUCAUGGCUUUCUCCUGUUUAUUGAUCCUCUCACUGGGCUCUGUAUCUGGAGAUGUGGUACGAGUGAAACCUGGAGAUGAUGUUGUUCUGCCAUGUCAGGCUGGUGAAGCCUCCAUCAGAGCUGCAGAGUGGAGCAGACCUGACCUGGAGCCACCAGAGACCGUCCUCUUUUACAGAGAUGGACACACAGAUCCAGCCCUCCAGCAUUCAUUGUUUAAAGGCCGGGUGCAGCUGGUGGACAGAGAGCUGAAGGACGGAAACGUGUCUUUACUUCUGAAGAACGUGAGCAGCAACGACGCUGGAACAUACGAGUGUCGAGUUGCAACAGGAGGUUCAAGACGUAAGAGAGCCAUCAUUGAGAACAAGCCAAUCAGAAUCAUCCAGCUGGAGGUUUCAGGGUCCAACAGCGGAGACGUCGAGGAGGGAAACUACAGACAUUACUACGGAUCUGUAGCAGGUUUUGUUCUGGUUUGUUUAGCUGCUGCUGUUGGAUUGGCUGUUGGCUGGAAAUAUAAAAGAGAUAAGAACAAGAAAUCCGAACAGCCUGCUGCUGAUGAAGCAGUGAACGACCAGGUCAUCUGAUCUCUUUCCACCACAUGUUUCAUAUAUUCAACAUUUCAGACUUUCUGUGGGUGUGAAUGUGUAAAUCUGGCGGUUGAGGCUCUCGACCAUGAUGGUCUGCUCAUCAAUGCAAAAAAAAAAAGUGGUUUGCGUUGAUCCUGAGAGUUAUUUUAUCUGUAGCACAGUUCCUGGUCGGGUCGCAUGAAAGGGUCAGACUGCUAUCCAAUUCAAAUAAUCCACCCUUUGCCAGGGAUGGUGAAUUACCACAAUAUUAAAGUAAAAUGAAAAUUACUUAAACUGCACUCAGAUACAAGUGAAAAGUAGAUCAAUUUAAGAAGGAGUGCCCGACGACACGAGUGUCAGUUUGCUUCCAUAGCGGCCGUCCGUUUCAAAAGAUGAUCUGUCACGAGAAAGAUUGUGUCCUUCCUUUAAUGCAUUUUACCGUGCAUUUGUUUCCGCUUUACACGGCAACCACUGAACUUCCUGUUAGUGGUCUGAAAGUCUCAACCAUCCAAAAAAUUUGUUCACCCCAGAAACAAAUCAAACCGUGGUUCAGUUUGAUCCGGACUAACUCUUUUCGUCUGAACAACCGUGGUGCUGCGGAGGUGCAAUUUAUUUUGGGACCAAAGCAAAGACUCAUAACCACUACUCUCUCUCCAGAGACAUGUAACCUCUGACAUAUGUAGCAAUUGCAACUCUUCUAAAUGAGCGAAUUCUAUUACGUGAUUUGACUUUUCAAUUUAAGCUUCAAAAUAAAGAGCAUUAAAGGGAUAGUAUGCGAUUCUGCAGUGAGUUUAUUGAUGAACAAACUCAUGAACGCACAUUGCCAUGAUUACCAGUCCACUACUUCAGGGAGGUCUCGGUACGGUCUGCUUUUGGUGCACACCCGAGUGCGAUUUCUGCAUUCACCCAAACGAAGGGGGCAGGUGUGAAAGUGCCCUAAGACACGGAGUCUAGUUUAUUUAGCGGUAUGAAAAUCGAGAGGAACUUCAAUAGUUACAAUUAGUGAACAAACAUCAUCAAACGAACAAUAUGUGUAAGCUCACAAACGCAGAUCCAAAACAAUACAGAGUAAAAAACUAGUGACUAAUAAGAGUUGGGAAGCGCAAUAGUGACUGUUUAUCUCCAGGGCUGAAGUCAGUGCUAACUUUAGGGCGAACCUCCUUCACUCUUCAACAGUUGGCAGCAACACACAGGAGCUCCUCUUUAGUCCUGAGAAGCUGCAGUCUUUAUUCACCAGCCUCUGUAACCUCUACUGUACAUUUACUGCUGAACGAGGUGCUGACCCGUUUCUCUCUAUUCACACAAACGCUCCGUCUAUUCCUCCUUCCUCCGCCGCAGCAAAGCUAACAAAGCUAACAAAAAUGCCUGACAGUAAAUAAAAAGAGCUGCGGACACUGCAGCAGGUGCAACACGCUUCAUUAAGCUACAUUUAAUAAGCUGCUACUUAAACAGCAGAAUAAAGCAUCAAUAAGGCAGCACAGAGAUCUAGAGACAAUAUAAACUCCACAGCAGCUUCAUGAACAGAU